CAUGCAGUUGCAGGUGAAUAGAGGUGAACCAAGUGUCUCUUCUAUUACCAGAACCCCAUCAGUCGACCUGUACAGUCGCCCAGUUACGCAGUAGUGGAAGGAUACAGACUCCUCUGUAAUAUUCAAACGUCACUUGUACACAGCCAACAUUUUGGAUACUGUUGGAUUCUGUCUUCUCUUCUGAUUUGGUAUUCGAUUCGACAGUCUAAAGGACAAUGUACUUUGACAAAUUGUUGUGUGUAUUUUGCAUUACGUUGUUCAACAUUUUACCCCUUACAGAAGGUAACUGUAGUGUUAACAAUUUACCCAUUCAGCCCAACUUUGACCUCGAUAAGUAUGUAGGCAAAUGGUAUGAAUACCAAUGGCAUACCAAGAUCUACUAUCAGCCAGAAGAUAGAUAUAACGACUAUUACCACUACUAUGUUCAAACAACGAGUGGCAACAUUACAAACUACAUCAAUGGACGUGAUCCGACAGCCCCGGAUGGAAAAUGCUUUUUCGUGAAUUUCAAUCUCUACCCAACAAACAGUCCUGGAAAACUCAUCUAUACAUCCCAAAAGGGAGAAUUUCCGUAUUGGGUAUUGGAAACCGACUACACUCAAUACGCUUUUGUCUAUGGCUGUUACAACGUUUCUAACGACGGGACAUGCAAUGAGGCUCAAUCAUGGAUCUGGAGCCGAACACCAAAGUUUCCACAGAUUAUCAAGGACAAAGCUCCAUCCUGGUACAAUCUUACCUGCCUCCCAGCUUCUACCUUCCUGGACACUAAACAAGAAAAAGAAUGCAAUGUACCGGCCCAAUACAAGAUAACACCAGACCAAAGCUGUCAGGUCUCCGAUGUACCAAUACAACCGGACUUCAACAUCACACUAUUUAACGGCACUUGGUAUGAGAUGCAGUGGUUGGCACAGGUAUACAUCCCUGCAUCUGAGUUGUUCCAGGAUUACCAACAUGAGUACAUCCUUCAAGAAGAUGGAUCUCUGAAGGGAUACAUCAGAGGCAGGACUGACAAGGGAUGUUUCUACAGACAGGCAUCACUAACGUUAUCUGGAACACCCGGGAAACUACAUUUCAACGUCACAGAGGGAGGUUCAGAUAACUAUCCAUACUGGAUCGUCGAUACCGACUACAAUAACUACGCUGUCAUGUACGGUUGCCUGAACGUGAGCACAAGUGGAAAUUGCACAAGGGCUAGAUCUACUGUAUGGAGUCGCCGCAAGUCUCUGGCUCCAAAUUUCCAGUACCGCGCUAACUCCUUCCUUCAGAAUCUGUGUGUGAACCCUGCUGCGUUCCUCUUGACGUCCCAGAACAACCCGUGUGACCCGUGUUACAAGCAGCCAUGUGGAAAAGAAAUUAGCGGAGGAACUACUUCCAUCUCCGACUACCAGCUUAUCCUACUUGCACUUGUCAUUUUCUUGUCCAUUUAGUGCAGUGCAUGUAUGCAUGCAUGAGAGAGAAUGUACCAUUUGAAGUAUAAACAGACGACCUUUGAUCAGCGUCUUGACAUUUGCACUAAAGUUCAAUAUGGGUGCAGUCAAUGAAUCAGAUGGCAUCAGAUGCGUCAACAUGUUAUUGUUACACAUAUAAAUAUCCAAGAGAACAUAUUUACACCAUAACAUUUUUCAUUUAUAUAUAUUUACAAUUUAUUUUUGAAGGUUGUAUGAGAGAGAACUUAUUAUUUGAAGUAUUGACUGCUGAUGUCGUUUGAUCAGCAGAGUCGGUACAUUUGCACGAAAGCACAACCAUGGCUGUAGUCAAUGACUCAAAUGGCAUCAGGUGCACCUGCAGGUGGUUGUUACAUAUAUGUAGGUGAGAGUAUAUAGUUUCGUUUACAUACAAUUUGAAUUGUGUAAAUGCGAAUCAAUAAACAAAAAAUCAUUUAGAUCAAUUUAGACCAAUCUGCUUAAUGAGUUGAUGAUUUAAAACAUGUAAACAUUGUAUCAUUUCUGAAUCGGUGAGAACCCAUUCCCGAAAAAACACAACUCAGCGAAAGUAUCAGUCUUCUAAAAGUUACAUCGGAUUUGCUCGACUCAAGACAACGUUCACAAGUGUCAGUUGAACUGAGCCAUGAAAUAUGCCGGUGAAAUAAGGCAUCUUCUCAAAUGUUGCCUAAACUUGUGGGCUGGGUAUCCGAUAAUAAUGUUUAAAUAAAUACUGAUGUAUAAACCA